AUGAGGCGUCUUGCUGAACUGAGCUUCUUGGCUUGCCUGUUGAUUCAGGCAGCCUAUUCUGUCCAAUCACAUGAAGCAGACAAGGAACUCCUCCAGAGAUUACUGCGCGUGCUCACUGACAAGGCCAACGAGGAGGCACUCAGAAAUAUCUUGCAUCCAGCUGGACAAACUGCAGAUGAUAAGGAUGACAAACUUGAUGUCCGUGGUGGUAGGAAUGGCGAUGGCGAGGCUAUUCCGCGUUUACUAGAAACAGUGGAGAGAGUUUGCGUUAGUGCCAAUUUCGACGGCCUUCCUGUCUCGUUAAAACAAACGUUCGAGGAUAUUUGUUCUGUUUUCAAUGAUGACGACAGUGAUGGCGAUGAUGGAGAAUCAGGACCAGAAGAAGAGAUGGAGAAAAGACGUAAACCAAACCCGAAAAAGCUUAAAAAGCAAGUUAAGAAGGCUUUCGGUCUACUUCAGAAAUCGUGUAAGACUAUCAAAAAGUCGACAGCUGGACAAGGACCGGAACGUGACAUUAUAGAAGAAAUAUGUAAUGCAUUAGAUAAAGCUAGUGCCUUCGAUGCCGACAUUAUCAUAGAAGAAACACGCAAAAAAGGCAAGGAUGAAUUAUUUAAGAAGACCCUAGCUGCCUUCGAAAAACUGUGUGGAAACGAUGCCAUCGAUAGUCUAAACAUGAAAAUAGGUGGCAGACCUGUCGCAGAUAUGAUGGAUAUGGUAUGUAUGAUAAUUAAUGAUGAAGGCGGACCGACACCAACUGGAGGACCGAACCCAACGGGAGGACCAAAGCCAACCGGAAGACCCAAACCAACUGGAGGACCAAAACCAACUGGCGUACCAGACGAUUUAGUUAAGCUUGCUUUAACCUUGUUGAAAAAGUCGUGUAAGACCAUUGAAAAGUCUAACGAGGGACAAGGUCCGGCACGUGUUGUUAUCGAGGAGAUUUGUCAAGCCUUAAAAGGUGAUGAUGAUGAUGAUGAUGAUGAUGAUGAUGACGAUGAUGAUGACGAUGACAAAACAGCUCCUGAAGUAAAGCGCAAAAAACAACCAGGUGACAAGGUGGGCCGCUUAUUCCAGAAAACGUUAAUUGCACUAAGUGACGUUUGCAUGGAUCGCGUCCUCGAGACAAAGCGUGGUGAUAUAGGAGGCAAGCUAGUGGAGGAAAUAUUAGACAUAGCCUGUGGUAUCAUAGAUGACAGCGGAGUAGAACCAACCGGUGGCCCGACACCAACGAAUCGCCCAGAACCGACUAGUGAACCAGUUGAAGGAAAGAAUGGCGGCAUGGAGAAGAGACGUAAACCAAAGCCGGUGGAUCUUAAGGAGCAGGUAACGCGUGCCUUAGACUUAUUAAGGAAGGCAUGCAAGGGUCUCGGGAAAUCGGACAAUAGACAGGGACCGGCACGUGUCAUCAUAGAAGAAAUUUGCAACAAAUUGGAAAAUGGUGACGACGAGGGAACAGAAAAACGAAGAGGUCCUGGUGGUAGAGGGCGUUUCUUGGAGUAUGUAGUAUCUGCCCUCACAGACGUGUGUGAAAACGAUGCAAUCGACACUAUCAACGUCAUAGAUGGACGACCAGUUGGCGAUAUCAUAGACGUAGUCUGCAGGAUAAUUAAUGACGACAGCGACGAUGGGCCGACUCCAACUGGGAGACCCAGACCAACAGGCGGACCCAGACCAACUGGAAAGCCCAGACCAACAGGCGGACCCAGACCAACUGGAAAGCCCAGACCAACAGGCGGACCCAGACCAACUGGCGGACCAAUUGAUAAAAAAGUAAGAUUUUAUAUGAUGGUUCUAAAGAAAAUUGAAAGGACAUGUUCUGACGACGUCACGGUAGCAGAUGAUGGUGUUGACGACUUGCUUGAGGCUAUUUGUAAUGCACUUGAUUGA